GGUGACUCUAUGCUUUGGUUUUGCUCGUGGAAUCGGCAAUCGGCAUUUUGUUUAGUAUUUCAUUUUAGUUUCCUAAUUAUUUAGGGAAUUUCGGGUUGUUUUAUAUUGUACUUCAAUACAUUACUUGAGAUUGCGGCAUGAUUAAAGAAAUUGGAAGUGUUGUGUAGUGUUAUCAUAUUACUGAGAUACCUUAGCACGCUAGGCUCCUAGCUCCUAGGUAUUGGCAAAAAUGGCGGGAAUCAAAUCGUUAGCUGUGAGGGGUAUCAGAAGUUUUGGUCCAGAUGAAAGUGAUGAGCAACGUCUAACAUUUGAGAAGCCGCUUACAUUAAUCCUGGGUCAAAAUGGCUGUGGCAAAACUACCGUUAUAGAAUGUUUAAGAUACGCCAUUACCGGUCAAAUGCCGCCGGGUAGCAGAAACGAAUGUUUUGUUCAUGAUGCUAAAAUAAACCAUUCCACUGAGGUUAUGGCUCAAGUGAAAUUGAAGAUUGUUAAUGCAAAAGAUAAACAACUGGAAGUAUCACGAUCAAUGAGAGUAACAGCAUACAAGAACAAAAAACCUAAGUUCCAAACCCUAGACUCAUUUCUCUCAGUGGUUGAUGCAACUGGCAAAACCAAGGACAUAUCAUCAAGGUGUGCCGACUUGGACUUUGUGAUGCAUGAAGAACUAGGUGUGUCAAAAGCUAUAUUGAAUUCCGUAAUAUUCUGCCACCAAGAGGAUUCAAGCUGGCCUUUAGAUGAAGGGAAGAAAGUGAAGGAGAGAUUUGAUGAAAUAUUUGAUGCUGACAAAUACAGUGAUUGUUUUGAUCGCCUUCGGAAGAUAAGGAAGGAAUAUGCCACAAAUAUUAAAUUGAUGGAGCAAGAUGUAGCCCAUUUGACUGAGAAGAAACAAGAUCUUGAUAAGAAGAAACUUGACCUUGUGAACACUGAAACUCGUAUCUCGGAAGCGGAGAUAAAAAUAGCUGAACUAAAAGCGGAAUUAGAACCAAUCACAGAAAAAAUUAAAGCUAUUGAAAAACUUCAGAAGGACUUAGUAUUUUUUGAGACAUCACGUGAGAAAAUUAAAGCAAAGUUAGAGCGGGGUCAAAAUGAUGAACAAGAUUUAAAGAAAUCAAUUCAAACUAUUUUUGAAGGCACAACUGCAGAACUUGAAGAAAAUAUAUCAAAUUACAGUGCAACAGUAAAGACAAAGCAAGUCGAGUUAAAAGAGUCUUGUUCUAAAAUCAAUUCUUUCAACAAGGAGGAAGAGAGAAUUGCAAAUGAAAAAACCUCCAAUGAAGUUAAAUUCAACAAGCUCAUAUUGCUGGAGAGCCAGAACCAAGAGAAGAUAGACAAGAGAAACGUCAUGAUUGUCGAUAACGCUAAACUUGCUGAAAUGGAGAUGGCAAAAAUAGAAACAGAUGAAGACGCAAUGAAAGGCAUGACCGCUAUAACGGACAAGAUUAACGAUUUGUAUGACAAACUGAAGGAACAGAAAGCGGCCGCCGAUCGACACGAGAGAGACCUUCAAAAACAUGUCGAUGAUAGUCGAGAUGCACUAUCGCGUCACAAACAAAAAAUCUCAGGGAAAGAAGCGGAAAUACAGUCUGUCAAGAAAGACAUAACAAAGAUUGAAAAGCAAAUAAACGAUGCUAACAAAUCCAAACUCAAACUGGAGGUUGUAGAAGAAAAAUUAAAGACUGCUGAAGAAGAAUAUCAAAAGACUGUAGAUGAAAUGAAUACAGAAGAGUGUCAAAAUGAAAUUAACGCAGACGAAAAAGUAAUGGAAACCCAUGAACAGGAACUUGAAGAGUUAAGUGAAAAGGUGACGAAAUUGCAAAAACAAACUGCCAUACUUAAAGAAAAGGACCUGAUAGAAGAUUCACUAAAACAGAAGGAGAAACAGUUAAAUGUAUUAAAGAACAAACACAAAACAGUUUUAACCGACUUGCUUGGAAGUAUGCCCGAGAGUAACUUCGCAUUUUCAGUGAAUAAGUAUGAAAUUCAAAUGAAGGGGGAAGUGGAUUCAUUGAAAAAGAAAAUUAGACAGAAACAAAAUGAGAUAACGCGUUUGGAAGCGGACCGCAAACACGUCCGUGAACUUCUAAGCGAGAAGCGCGCCGAAUUAACCAAAGCGGAAGAUCAAAUGUACAAGGCAUGCGGCACACAGACUUACGAGACAACACUAGCCAAAAUUAAUACUACCGUUGAAAAACUGCAGGAUGAGCAAAACGUUCUUCAAUCAUCAAUGUUUAUAAUAACAAAAUAUAAAGGACAAAUCACAGAGAACAAUUGCUGUCCUCUAUGCAAUCGUGGAUUUGAUUCGGAGACUGAGGUAACUGAUUUAGUAUCCCAGUUAACAACCCAAGUUAUGAAUGUACCAGCGAAACUAGAAAAGGCCACGGAGGAAUUACAAAAGGCACAGGCCAAAAAAGACGAUCUCCUUAGCAUGAGGUCUUUGAACGAUAAAAUAUCGUCGCUCAAAGAAAAAGAUAUACCCCAGCUGGAAACGCGCUUGAGUGAUGUUGAUAAGGAAAUGGCCACUCUUACCGAAUCCAUGGAAGAAAUGUCCAUGUCUUUAUUGGAACCAGAGCAAAAGCUUGCCUCAACGCGUCAGAUUCAAGGAGAUAUGCCCCUCCUUGAUAGAUUCACUAAUGAAGUCAAAACUACUACUAAAGAUUUUGAAAAAAUCAAGGACAAGUGCACAGACGUCAUAUCGGAUAUAACCUUAGAAGAUGCGACGGCGAAGCAAGCAGAUCUGAGACAGAAGAUCAGUACGUUGCGCGCGCGCAUCAAGGCCGCACAAGUCAAACUCAACGCACAUAAUAAGAAAGUGCAAUCUUUGGGUGACAAGAAGAAUAAAUUCAAGGAAGAGGUGCUUAACAUACAAAAGAAGGUCCAAGAAUUGGUAAAUUUGCAAGAGUCACAAAAACAAAUGGAAAGCAAUAGGGAGAAGUUUUUGGAAGAACUAAAAGAACUACAAGAUUCAAUAGCGCCGCUAGAAGUGGAAUUGAAAGAGAAAGAGACUAUUAAGGCUGACACAGUCAAGAAGAACAGGUCUGAUAUUGAAGCAAAGAAUACAUACAUAAGCAAAAUAGCAAAUGCAUUCGAAAAAGUUAAGUCUAUCGACUUGGAUGUAAGAAUGCAUAAGGAGAGAAAUAUUAAUCGGGAAAUGGACAAGAUAAAGGAGGCGAAUGACAAGUUACUGACCAGACAGAAGCUAAUUAUGGCCGAUCGAGACACGCUUACUAAAAGGAUAGAUAGUUUGAAAGAUGAACUAUCCAAACAAGAGAUUUACAAACGUAAUUUAGAAGAUAACAUGAAGUUGCGCAAAGCACAAACCGACAUUGAGAAGUGUGAAAAGGAACUUGUAGAAAUCAACGAGAAACUCAGCGGUGUGAAUAUGGAGAUGAUUGGGGAGAAGGAGGGCCUGAUCACCAAGCAAACUAUGAUAUUUAGAGAGAAGGCGCAGAAUGAGGGCAGACUUAAUGAACUGAAGGAAAGACUGAAACAAAAUAAGCUUGAGUUAAAGAAAACUCAAAACAAGGAUAUUGAAAACCGAUUCAAACAGAAAUUCUAUGAGCUGCACGUUAUUAAAGCAAUUGACAGGGAUGUCAGGGAUUACUCUGUAGCUUUAGAGAAAUGUCUCAUGGAGUUCCAUAAAGAGAAGAUGGAGAAUAUUAAUCUUAUUAUAAGAGAAAUGUGGAGGAAGAUAUAUAGAGGGAAUGACAUUGAUUAUAUCGAAAUAAAGACUGAAGGAAGCAUGUCGGUCGAUUCUGAACGUCGUAAAUACGAUUACAGGGUUGUUCAAUCUAAGAAUGGUGUGGAGAUCGAUAUGCGUGGAAGGUGUAGUGCCGGUCAGAAGGUGUUAGCUUGUCUCAUAAUAAGACUGGCUUUAGCCGAAACAUUCAGUUCAAGAUUCGGCAUUUUAGCAUUAGAUGAACCAACAACUAACUUAGACCAUGAGAAUAUAAAAUCGCUGUGCUCUGCACUCGGAGAAAUAGUCCAAGAGAGGAUGCACCAAAGGAAUUUCAUGUUUAUAAUUAUUACCCACGACAAGGAAUUCAUUGAAUCACUAGGAAAUAUUGAUAAAGUCACACAUUACUAUGAAGUUUCUAGGAAUGAGGAAGGGAAAUCAAGAGUUAAAAAGAUAAGAUUUUCUUAGAGUUUAUAAUCAUCAUUGACUGUCGAAUAUUAGUGAAGUAUAUUGUAAAUGCCAUUCCUCAGGAUUUCAGACAUACCUGUGUCUGUUAUUAUGUAUGACAUCAGUGUUGGCAUUUUUGGUGCUGUUCAUACUUUUCUAGCAGUGACGCACAGUUCGCACGAUCUGAGAGCUCUGCCUCAUUAGUACGUUGCGUUGUGUAGUCGCAAUGCCGACGCUGCGUCGUUUUCCAUGCAGUUUAAAUUACAUGCUAUACAUUAAGCGUUUCAUUUUAGCGAUUGGAUGGGAAGGUGAAACGCUACGCUUCCAUAUAUUUUAAAUGACAUGCCACAUUAAGCGUUUCGUGGUUGCGUUGAUCUAUUGCGACGACGCAACGCAACGCACUAAUGAGACAUCGCCCUUAUUAUUUCAGACUACUAACAAAUUCCUAAAAACUGUCUAUGCAGCCACUAGUGACAUAAUUCAGUGUAGUAAACUUAGAUCGCGCAUACUGUCUUAAUAUGUCUGAAUGGAGCAUUAUGUUUCAUGUUAU